AUGACGGUCUCGAUUUUUUGCUUAAUUCUUUGUGGUGGAAAAACGAAGGCCAACAAACAUGAUGCUCCAAAGGCGGAGAAAAGCGUUCACCCGGUCAUGGUGAAGACUGAGGAAACGAAAGCACCGGAGUCAAGAGUCCCGCAGUCAUGUGAAGUGCACACGAAAUCGAAGAGACUUCCAAAAAGUGUGCAAACCAGUGGAAACACCAGAAUUCCUGUUCAAACUACGAGUGGAAUGAAAACCAAUGUGAAACCCUCAAGUUCAAGCAAUACAAGAGAAGUGGUUGGUGAACGCGACAAUCAGCGCACAUGGGCAAUGAAACUUGUCAACAACUCGUCGGUGAAGCAAGUCUACAAGGAGUUCGCGAAUACGCUGAAGGGGAAGAAAGACAUGAGAUCGCCAGAUAAUCCGAAUAACGCGAAAAUGCGGUACGCAAACAUACCGUUGAUGGAGGCAACAAGGAUCAAGCUGAAGAAUCGGCCAAAUGACUACAUCCACGCAAAUCGAGUGAAAGUGCCAAAUACAUCAAUCGAGUACAUCUGCACACAGGCUCCCCUCAAGAACACGAUUGAAGACUUUUGGUGGAUGGUGCUGCAAGAAAGAAGCCGUUUUGUCAUACAACUUUGUCAAGACUACUUCCCUGCAAACACGAGCGGUGUGGAGACUCACGGAACAAUACAAAUCAAGAACCUGGGAAAGGGAGACUCGGCCGGACUCCCAGCGUCCAUUCGAAUCACGGAGCUUCAACUCAAGAGUAUUACGAACGUCUUCAAGCCGCUAAUCGUCUUUCAUAUCUACAUGCUCGAUUGGCCGGAUCAACUAGCGCCACCGAAGGCGGAUGAUGUUGUGACGCUCUAUCAAUAUCUGAAGAAACAACAAAAGGACGACAAGCCAAUAAUUGUACAUUGUUCAGCUGGCGUUGGACGAACCCCAACAUUUGUAGGAAUCGACUAUGCUUGCUCGUUGAUUGCAAACAAUCCGGCUCAACCCAUGGCAGAUGUGGUGAAAGAGAUGCGAACUCAGCGAGAAAAGUCGGUUCAAAGUGCCACACAAUAUUGCUUCCUCCACGUCUGCCUACUUGAGCUCUUCCUUCGCAACAAAGUAAUCGAAAAGAGCGAGAAACUGAGCGCUUUCAAGGACGAUUACGCAAAAGUCGCUGAGAAGUUUAUUCGAAGAAACGAGAAUAAAAUUGUACAA